UCUACAGAAGAUAUCUGCGCCAUUUUUCAUCCCGGACACUUUUUUCCCCCUCCUCUCAUUUUAAAUCUCGCAAAUGAAUUAAUUAAUUUGAUUAUUUAUUUGUUUUAGCGAUUAGAAAUUUGUAAACAAACGACAAAAAACCGAAUUUAGCUUCUAAACACGUUCGCUAAUUUUUUUUCUAUUUACAGUUUACGUCACGAAAAGGCAAUCUUUCAUUAAAUAAACAAAUAGGAAUUUUUUUAAAAAACGGGCUCGACAUUUUAAAUUUUUUGCCGAAUCGACGAGAGGUGGAGCCACGAGUGCAUGACGGCGUAACGAAUUAAAGCAGACGAACGAUGAUAAAAUAAAUUAAAAUAAGCGAGCGGCCAGUUUUAAUUGCAAUUUUUAAAUACGGCAUACAAAUGAUUUUAGAUGCAUUAAAAAUGACGAAUAAAAAGAAGAAGAAAAAACUGCAUAAACCAAUGGGAUCGGAUGGCAAACGAGUUAUCGAAGCGGGUUGACAGCAGCGCCUCGGCACCGGUGCGAGCGGCGUUAGCGGUGGAUGCGCAGAUCGCCGAGUAAAAAAAUCGCGCCAUGGUGUGUUGAAAUGUGGUCUCGCUUAACAGCCAUCUGUGUUCGACUGCGUGCUAUCCGCCCGAUCGGCAGCAUGGCCAACUCGUCUGUGUUAGGGUGAAGUACCAGUUAAAGACGGCAUCGAGCCAUGUGCGCCGCGGAGAAUUCUCCGAAACGCCGAGGCAAAGAGGACUGCGAAGCCGUCGUUAAAAAGGAACCGGAGGAAGAUAUCAAGGAUUAUGCAGAAACCACUAUGAACGAGCUGUUAGGUUGGUACGGAUACGAGAAGGUCGACAGUAGAGACACGCAAGGUCUCAAUCUGCAGCACUUCUCCUCCGCUCUGUCACCUCUGACGUCGACUUCAUCCACACCUGAACUCGGUAGCGGUUCGGAAGAUGUGGGUCGUGACCUUCCCUGCACGAGUAGACCUCCUACGGCCGAACUCUGCACAACCGGUGGAAGAAGAAGUGGCAGUCCGCACUCGGAAGAUUCUGGACACGGUACUUCGGGUUGCAUCGUAUGCGCUUGGUGCCAAAAAAUGGGCAUGAAACUGUUCACAUUGAAGACGACCAACGGUAGUAAGGCCUUUUGCAGCGAAUUGUGCUUCACCCAAUGCAGACGAGCUUCGUUCAAGAAAAACAAAGUGUGCGAUUGGUGUAAACAUGUACGACACACGGUUAACUACGUUGAUUUCCAAGACGGAGAACAACAACUUCAGUUCUGCAGUGACAAGUGCCUCAAUCAAUAUAAGAUGAAUAUUUUCUGCAAGGAGACGCAGGCCCAUCUCCAAAUGCAUACACAUAUAAAGGAAGCCGCCUGUAAAAUGUCACCCAACACGUCCGUCAAUCUCAUCACUCCGGAUUUGUGGCUGAGGGACUGUAAAGGCUAUAGUGCCAAUAACGGACACGCUCACUCUAUGACCGAAGUAGGAGAUAACCGCGAGGAAGUAGUUGCAGACGUUACGCCUCCCCCGGCGGAGGAAAAGACCAAUUCGGACGCCUAUAAGCAUAGAACUAAAGAUAGAAACGAUAAAACACGGAAAUUGGGAAAAUUACCCCCUCGCCACCAUCCUAAAGACACCAGAGCCGAUACCCCACCCCAUUCUCGACUUCCUAAUAGAUCGCAAGUAUCGUCUACCCCUCUGCCAAGUUUCUCACACAAUUCCCUAUUAAACGGACCAUCUCCGGCUCUUUCAUCGUCGCCCGUGGGGUUGUCUCCCCGUCCUCCCCCUCCCCUACCCCCACUUCCUACUUCUCUAGGUCUGGAUCCUCUUAGACCGCCCUUCUAUCCACCUGGAUUAUUACCCCGUCCUCUCAAUCUGCACCAUACCGACAGCUUGUUACGAAGUCAACCGUGUCUCGGGGUCAGACCCCCUAUUCCACCACCGCCCUGGUUCCUUCCUCCUUACGGUAACAUCCCCCGUCCUCCGUCUCCUCCCCAACCUCCGACUUCUCAACCUCAGUCUCUUCUCCCUCCUUCUACGGUGAUAGUCCCUUACCCUCUACUUCUACCGUUACCUGUACCCAUUCCUCUGGUUGUGCCGUUACCUCUAAACUUGUGGAUGGAGAGACUAAAAGAGAUGGAAGCUAAGAGAGAACAAGAGCGUGACGUCAGUGACGAUAAGGUGAUGGAAAGGAGAUCGGGGGGACGGGCGAGAGGACAUAGUUCGCGAGAGGAAAGAUCGCCACGGGUUGCCACCCCGAACUCCGAAAGCGACGACGUCGAGGAUUCUUGCCUUCCUCGUGACUUCUCUAAAACUAGUAGACAAAGCUGGACAAUGUCCAAUAGACAGGACGACAGUAAAAGAUGUAAUUCCGACCCUUUGGGCGAAAACAGCAACAAGAGGAAAUGUCUACACUAUUCGUGAUUUUUGUACAUAGUCUUUUUGUACAAGAAUUUGGUGUAGUUUGUAUAUAUAUUCUGUCUCGUGUAUGUUUACAGAUGGGAUGUGUCUGUUGUGAUAAAAUAUACAGUUGUUGGUGGAACGGUUAUGUGUUUAUACUGUACUUUUUUAUUUUUUAAAUUAUACACAAAUCUAUACAGCGGAUACGGA